CCGGACCCUGGGCGGGACCUCUCGGCUGACGGCGUGCGUGCACUGCGCUUGCGCGGGUUGAGGGCGUUGGCUCAGGCUCCUGGAAAAGACCGUCCGCCCCUCCGCGCUGGCGGUGUGGACGCGGAACUCAGCGGAGAAACGCGGCUGAGAAAUGGAGAAGAAAAUGAAAUAAUGUAGCAGUUAUGAGGCAGAGCCUAAGAGAACUAUGGCAACGUCAGGUGACUGUCCCAGAAGUGAAUCGCAGGAAGAAGAGCCUGCUGAGUACAGUGAGGCCGGUCUCCUGCAGGAGGGAGUACAGCCAGAGGAGUUCGUGGCCAUCGCAGACUAUGCUGCCACUGAUGAGACCCAGCUCAGUUUUUUGAGAGGAGAAAAAAUUCUUAUCCUGAGACAAACCACUGCAGAUUGGUGGUGGGGCGAGCGUGCGGGCUACUGUGGGUACAUUCCAGCAAACCAUGUGGGGAAGCAGAUGGAUGAGUACGACCCAGAAGACACGUGGCAGGAUGAAGAGUACUUCGGCAGCUAUGGAACUCUGAAACUCCACUUGGAAAUGUUGGCAGACCAGCCACGAACAACUAAAUACCACAGUGUCAUCCUGCAGAAUAAGGAAUCCCUAACGGAUAAAGUCAUCCUGGACGUGGGCUGUGGGACUGGGAUCAUCAGUCUCUUCUGUGCACACUAUGCGCGGCCUAAAGCGGUGUAUGCGGUGGAGGCCAGUGAGAUGGCACAGCACACGGGGCAGCUGGUCCUGCAGAAUGGCUUUGCCGACAUCAUCACCGUGUUCCAACAGAAGGUGGAGGACGUGGUGCUGCCCGAGAAGGUGGACGUGCUGGUGUCCGAGUGGAUGGGGACCUGCCUGCUGUUGUUACAGGAUCUUGCUUGUUCUCCUGAGGACACACUCAGCAGUCUCCCACUAGCCAGUGGCACUGCAGGUGCAGAGGCUGCCUCCUGGAUUUCAGGACGCUUCGCAGGGUCACUGAGGGUCUCCGUUACACAUUUGGUAGAAUUCAAAGACUGCCAGACUCAGUCUUACUGUUGUUAGUGUAUUAGUGCUGUCAUAUGUGAUGAGGACAUACUAUAUUCCGUUAUUCUGUUUAGCUCAAGGAAGAAUAAAGAAUUUGGACCAAAAUUCCAACCACAUUAUGACCAAUUUUCUAAGCAAAAGAAACGAAGUAACUGCUGAGGUUACAAAGAUGUAAUAAUUCUCUUCACACAGCCUUGUACUGUUUUAUGGACUGUAUUAUCACAAAUGCUGAGCUUAACAAAAAUCUUUAUAAGUCAGCUCAUGAAAACAGGCACGUGGCCAAUAAGAAUUUAAUUUCACACCAAUAAAACUUUAGACUUUGGAUUUAUUUAGGGCUGUUUGCACAUAUUUAUAGAAUGUGUAGUUUACUCUAGGUGAUGGGACAGCUCCCCAUCAGUAAGACCCUGGCCGAAAUGUAUUUGCCUUAUUUACACAACAAGAGGAUGAGAGUAAACACGGGCACUUUCCGCUUGUGGCACUGAAGGACGAUCUACACAGGGCAGCCUGCAGAGGCCACAACCAAGGCCACCUGGCUUCCCAGUGGGACAGGCCCAAGGGAGGACUUCUGGCCCCUUUACUUGUCGUUCAUGUUUUAUGCCUUGAUGUUUCUUUUUGGUUGCAUUCCUGGAGCUCAUGUAGAUCAUUUUACUUUUCAGAGGUGUUAGUUCUGGUGCCUACACACACACACAAAACCAUCAACUCUUCUGGAUUCCUUGGUUUUAAAGCUUGCCUUAUGCAAAGUACAGAGAUACCUUUUUCAGGAAACAUUGCCACCACAUGCUUGAAGGACCACUUAUGGCUGCACCUACAUCUCCAACCAAGGUCUCUUCACCGCCUUCUACAACAACGCACUUUGUCUGCACUGAGACAAAAAAUGACAGCCUUUUUUCUUUUCUUGAUUUUUUUUUUUUUUGGCCUUGAGCAUUUCCGAAUUUUCACGUCAUAAAAAAUGCAGCAUAGUUAAUUGGCAGCUUGCACUUCUGAGGGCACAUUCACCUCAGGGGAGGAGGAAGGAGGAGGAGCUGGUGUGUGCUGAGACUGCAGAGUGUCCUCCUUCCCAGCAGCUGGACCCAGAGACCAGGCACCAAAAUUUUUUUGAUGGAAUUAUCCUAAGGAAAUAAUCAAAUUUGUACAGAAAUUUAUGUUAAAAAAUGUUUAUGGCAGCACGAUUUACAAUGGGGAGACAAUUGGAAACAAUAGAAUUGUAGUAAUACAUAUGAUCAUUAAAAAUUAUGUUUUAGAAAGAUUUUUAACGAACUUUGGAAAAAGUUGGUGACAUGUUGCUGGUUUUUAAAAAAGCACAAAGAGUAUGUACAGUAUGAUUCCAAUUUUGUGUUUAAAAAUUAGACAUAGUGGUAACCUAGCUUCAAUUCCAGGUAAGAUGGAGAAGGCACACUCCUGUCAUCUCUCCCACUGAAUGCAGCUAUAAAUCCUGGAGACAGACAGGGAGAAACUAUUUGAGGACUCUGGAACAAAGACAUAGUAGCAGUUGAUUGGUGAAGAAGACAAGAAUUUGAAGUACAGUCAAAUAUUUGUGGGCUCCAUAUCUGCAGAUACAACCUACAUGUAUUGAAAACAUCUGAAAAUAAAAAUAACAACACAACAAUAAACAUAUCAACAAUACAAAUAACAAACCAACACAGUAACUAACAGCUAGUUACAUAACAUUGACAUUGUAUUAGGUGGAAGUAAUCUAGAGAUGAUUCAAAGUCUGUCGGAGGAUGUGUGUAGCCUGCAUGUAAAAACCACAUUAUUUUAUAUGGGGGACUUGAGCAUCCAAGGAUUUAAGUAUCCAUGGGGAUCCUGGAACAAGUCCCCCAUAGACACCAAGGAACAACUGUAUUCCUGAAAUACUCUUGAGUUAUCAUUUUCCCUCUUCUCCCUCUAUGUACAUACAUAGAGUGUAUGUACAUAGAGUGAGAAGCAAAGAAGGGCCAUGAAACGGACCAGUUCUUUUGAAAACUGCAUAUUACCACAGUUCAUCUAACAUGAAAUAGAUAACCUGAAUGGUCCAAUAACUAGUAAAGAUACUUAAUUAAUAGUUUAAAAGCCUUCUGAAUGGUAAAUCUCUAGCCUAAAUGAUUUCACUAGUGAAUUCUGUCAACACAUUUAAUGAAGAAAAAACUCCAAUUCUAAAUAACUUCUUUCGGAAAAGAAGAGGGAACGCUUCCUCACUCAUUAUAUGAGGUAAGCAUUGCCCUAAUAUCAAAACCAAGGUUAACACAAAAUGUGAAACCUACAGACCAAUAACUGCUUCAUCAACAUAAAUGUAAAAAUCCUUAAGAAAACAUUAGCAAAUUUAAACCAGCAAGAUAUAAAAGGAAUAAUAAUACACCAUAACAAAAAAGGAAACUAUCCUUGGAAUGCAAGGCUGGUUCAAUAUUUGAAAAUCAAUCAGUGUAAUCUACCAUAUUAACAGUCUGAAAAAGAAAAAUCAUGACUAUAUCAAUACAGAAAAAAAUUGACCAAAUUCAACAUCAGUUCAUGAUAAAAUGCUCAGCAAACUAGAAAUGGAAGGAAAUUUAACAUGACAUAGGACAUCUACAAAAAAACCUACAGAAAAUCCUAAGGAAUCUAUGAGAAAAUUUCCUAAAACUAGUAAGGUAGUUUAGCAAGGUCAUGAUGCAGAAGUCAUUUAUAUAUCUUUGCAGUGUACAAUUAGAAAUUAAAGAAUAUUAUUUACAGUAGCUUCAAAAAUAUGAAAGGCUUAGAAAUAUAACAAAACAUGAUCUGGAUGCCAAAAAAGAUGAGAUGAUAAUGAAAGAAAUCUCAGAAAACCUAAAUAAAUGGAGAGAUAAGGCUCAACCUAGUAACGAUGUAUGUUGUUCUUAAAUUGAUCUGUAGACUUAAUAAAAUUCCAAUUAGAAUCCAAGCAGGAUUUGUUCUUAUAGAUAAGCUCAUUAUGAAAUGUAUGUGGAAUGUAAAGGAACUAGUGCUAUGGUUUGUCCCCACCAAAUCUUAUGCUGAAAUUUGAUCCUCAGUGUGGUGGUGUUGGGAGGUGGGGCCUAGUGGGAAGUGUUUGGGUCAUGGGUGUGGAUCCCUCAUGAAUAGAUGAAUGCCCUAAAUAAGUGAGUUCUCGCGCUCUCAGGUCCCAACAAGAGCUGGUUGUGAAAAAGAGCCUGGCACCCCCACUUGCCUCUGCUCUCACCCUGUGGUCUCUGCAUGUGCCAGCUCCCCUUUGCCUUCCUUCCACUGUGAGGGGAAGCAGCCUGAAGCCCUCACUAGAUGCCCAAUCCUGAACUUUCCCAAAGAGCAGAACCAUGAGCCAAAUAAACCUCAUUUCUUUAUAAAUUACCCAGCCUCAAAUAUUCCUUUUUGGCAACACAAAAAUGGACUAAGAGAACUAGAGUAGCUGAUACAAUUUUCAAAAAGAAGAGUAAAGUUGGAGGAACUACACUACUUGAUUUUAAAGCUACAGUAUUCAGGACAGUGUGGUAUUGGUGAAGGGACAGACAUGUCAGUCAAUGGAAUGGAGAAGAAAAAUAGAUUGCUACAAAUACGGUCAAUUGAUUUUUUAACAAAGGGACAAAAAUCAAUUUAAUAGAGAAAAAGUCUUUUCAGCAAAUGUUACUGGAAUAGUUGUCAUCCAUAUGUAAAAAACAACACCUCAACCUCACACCCUAUCCAUAGCUGAACUUAAAAUUGAUCAUAGAUCUAAGUGUGUAACAUAUAAAACUAUAAAGCUUCUUGAAAAAAUCAUAGAAAAUCUUCAUCACCUGGACUUGGGCAAAGAGUUUUUAGAUGCAACUCUAAAAGCAUGAUCCAUAAUAGAAAAUGUUGAUAAAUUGAAUUUCAUCAAAACUAAAAACGACCGCUCUACAAAGGGAUGAUACUAAGAGAAUAAAAAAGACAAGCUAAGAUUAGGAGAAAAUAUUGCAAAGAAUAUAUCCAGUGUAUGUUCUGAAUAUACAGAGAAAUCUCAAAACUCAACAGGAAGAAAACAAGCCAAUUGAAAAUGGGCAAAAGAACAGACGCUUUGCCAAAGUG